UAUAUGAGUUUAUAUCUUGUGAUUUGCAGUGAAAAGCAUGUUUUGUUUUUGUACAGGGAUUUAUCACCCAGGAAGUAGGGCAUUCGUCGGGGUAAGCAAGGUAGCUUGAAUAGGAAGUCACCUUGCAUACUUGUGGAUCCAUGAAUUGCUAUGCUCUGUGUAUUUGAAGAUGGACAAAUAAAUUAUCUUUUGUAUCAGAUAAACCUUGCGUCUCUCCUCCAUUCUUCAGACUAUUAAGUAUAACUUGGCUAUUUAACAUGUGGGUGUGUUGACAGUACGCGCUAUAUAUGCACGUGGAUUCGAGUUCCGAGUUCAUCAAAUAUGCAGCUUGUUUUUUUAAGGCAACAAUCAUGGCAGAAAACAAGCACAUCCAAUGGAAAAUUUUCAGCAUAAUUUAUACGUAUCUUUUUCAUAUUGCUGGGGAUGACGUAACAUGUUCGCAUCGGCACAUUUUGCGUGAUCUCCCGCCCCACUGUGUGUGUGUGUGUGUGUGUGUGUGUGUGUGUGUGUGUGUGUGUGUGUGUGUGUGUGUGUGUGGAUUGAGAGUGUGCCGACUACGGUCUGAGAACAAAGGUGUAACAAAACAGUCCUUUGACUUAGUAUAACCUGAUGUAUGCAAAAAUAAGGCGAUUGAAAAAAAAAAAAAUGAGGCGAUUAAAUAACAAACGUGUAGAACAACAACAUCAAAACAAUGAGAAAUCUCAAACAAAAGGGACGCAUAAAAGUAACCCCAGCACCCUAGGCAUGGGAACACAUCUGUAUACUGUCUGCUGCCAUAGUGCGUUAUGGUGUGUGCGCUAUGUGCAACUUGUCGUCAGGUGGCAAGCCGCCCCUUCCUCCUGUUUAGUCCACUGUCUACCGCCGCCGGAUUCAGAAAACUCGGCAGAAAACUCGGCAGAAAACUCGUGGCCACGCCCACAGCGCACUAUAUAAAAAGACACAGAGUCAAGAAGGAAAACAAUUGACCGCGGGCUUUAGAGCUGUAUCACUGAAAGAUGUCAGUUGCGUGUCUCGCCCUCGGACUGCUGUGUGCUAUUUGGACCUGCGUUGCUUUGACCUCAGGUGCUGACAUCAACGAGGUGUUCACCAGAGAGGGAGAAGAUGCCACCCUAACGUUUGCUCUGGAUUCCCCGGUGGACCUGACAGAUGAGGCGUUUGACUUGAAGAAAGGGAAGCAGGACGUGUUCUUCUAUAUACAGGGCAAGGACUACAACAACGGCCGGGAGGGACAAGACCCCCAUUAUGUGGGCAGGGUGCACCUUCUCCCAGGGGGGCUGCAGGCCGGUAACGCCUCUGUGGUCCUGUCCGGUGUGACCCAGGCGGACAGUGGAGUGUUUAAGUUCGUAAUUCUUACGAAACUGACCCAAAGUAACAGAGAUAUCCUGCUGACUGUAGUGGUGGAGCCUCGGUUGAGGCUGGAGGUGGUCGAGGCUCCCCCGUCCUCUGGCUGGAUGCGGCUGUCCUGCGUCUCCAGAGGAGGCCAGCCCCAGCCCAGCGGUCUGGAGUGGCAGACCCCCAACGGAACUGUGAUCCCUGCAGAAGAAGCACCGCCGGCCGCCUCCUCAGACAGCGACGGCCGCGACUCCAUCAGUCAGACGGUGAAGGUGACCGAGCCAGGCAGCUACACCUGUGUGGCCCGGCAGCAAGGCGUCCACCCUGCGGUCAGAGACACCAUCCAAGUGUUUGGCCAUUGGUUGACCGGCGAUCAUGAAGAGGUCCUCAGGAAUGGUCCAUGGAAGGCCAUAGAUGUUUCUUUUAUUAUUAUUUUUUUUCUCUUUAUUGUAUCAGUUGUAGUUAAUAUUUACCAAUUUACCAAAACUAAUAACUGUAGGAAAGGUCAUGGUCAACAAGCAGUCCCUAAUUCUGAUUGUUUGGAUCGAAGCGGUGCCUAUUGGUCCUGUCCCCGUCGUGAUGCCGCUGCACAGCUGAACGUACCGUCUUACGGUUGAGCGACGGACACUUUUGGUCAUCUGAAGGUGUGCAUUUGUAUCGCAACAGUUUACUUUUGAUACAACAUUUCUACGAGAGAGCAGUUAUUUAUGUUGGUUAUGGAACAUGGAAACAACCUCAAAUGGCUGUUUCAGGUUAUGGGUUCCUCAGGAGCAUCUCUUCAUGGUGCUCCACCUAGAUCACUCAGGUCCUCUGGCACUGGCCUCUUAGUUACCUAUGCCCCCCCCCCUCUGGAACAGCCUGCCAGAGGAGCUGAGGACGUCACAAUCUGUUUACACAUUUAAAGGUCCCAUGGCAUGAAAAUUUUUCUAAAAUUAACAUGAGUUCCCCUAGGCUGCCUAUGGUGCCCCAGUAUCUAGAAAUGGCGUUAGGUGUAAAACGAGCACUAGGUAUUCUGCUCCGCCUAUUGAAAAAUGAAAGCUCAGACGCUCAGAUUUUGGCCCCCAUAUGUCUUCAUAAGGGGCCAAGUUACCUCCCCUUUCUCUGCCUUGCCCAACCAGAGAAUUUGGCCCGUCAAUAAGAGCUACGACCGACACAAUAAUUGCACUAUUGCACACAUCCUCCAUAAUGUAAACACUGUGUAUUUGGAGUGUCUGUAAUUGAAGUUUAUACAUGAUACUUUGAUUUUUGUAAUUUUUAUUAGUGCACAUUUUACUUUUUAUAGUACUUUUAUCGUCUAACAUUUGAUAUGUAUAGAUAUUUUGGAUUUAACAUUGUAUACUUAUUAUAUUAUGUAUUAUACUAUAUACCUGACCUUUUUACUUACUGAAUAAUGCUGUUUACUUUAUUGUUCACCUGCUUUUGCAAUGCAAAUGUUUAAUUCUCAUGCCAAUAAAGCUUUCUUUUUAUUGGAA